AUGAAUGAGUUGUUGUACAAGAUUCAACUUCAGAUUAAAAAGGAUGAUGAAUGCCAACAGAGACAACUUGAUGAAACAAAAAGAAUUAAGACCGAUUUCAUGAGCCAAAUCCAGAAUUAUGUCAUUACAUUAUAUAAUUUUGUUCUUGCAAUGAAUUUCGGAGUUAAAGACAACGAACAACCAUUUAAUCCACUAAAAAAGAAUUCAAUUCAACUGAGUGAAGAUCAAAAUCUCAGUGAAUUUGUGGAUUAUUUAAGUUCGAAUUUCUUAGACGUGUUAGAUGCAUGCUUCGGAGCAGAAACUUCUUUACCAAAAGAAGCUAUUGAGCUCAUUUUAACUAAUUUUCAUUACUUUUGGGCAGAUGAAUAUUGCCAAAAAUUUUAUCAAACAAUUGUCAAGUCAAAUCAAAAUAUUCGCGCAAAACUAUGCAGAGUUCUAACAUUUCAGCCUAAUACAAUGAUUUAUUUUGUAUCUGUUCUUUCAAAAGUUUUUGAUUCAAUCGAUGAUGACAUAAAUACAUAUGAUCUAAUCAACAUAUUUACGGAAUAUGCUGUGAAACUAGCUCCUAUGCUUCCUCUUUUUGUACGAAAGUGUUUACUUUUAAUGGAUGAUCCCCAUGUUAUUUAUUUCCAAAUCAUGGAGCCUAUACUAAACAAUUUCGAAUACUUUGGCAUUGCUCACCCCGAAAUACGCCAGUAUGAUUUGGAAACUAUUGAAAAUUUGAUAGAAGAAAUCAAAGAUUACUUCAACCGGGAUUCAACCGAGAGCUUUAUCCACAAAAUCAUAGACAAAGAAGAAUAUUAUUCAUCGCAACCUCAAGAAAUCAAAAUUAUUGACGUAAUUAGCGAAUAUAAGCAAUUUACUCUUGUUACUCCAGGAAUUUUCAGUAUUAAUUAUCCGAACUUCAAAUUUGCAUCUAAACCACCUCAAAUUCCUGUUUUUGUUAACUCAAAUACUAAAAUUGAAAGAGAUCCACCCCCAGAAUUUCAACUUGACGAAACUUAUGAAGCAAUCAUUCAGUUUUUGCUCCACGCUCAAUUAAAUCGUGUAAGUUCCGUUGAUGGAGAUAAUCCAAUGAAUUAUUUCCAAUCAUUAUGCGAUUUGUCGUCAGUUUAUGGAGAUCCGGACCUGGAAGAUGAUUUGGAUAAGCUAAUGAGGCUUGUACAGUUCGAUUCUUUGAAAGAACUCCUAGAAAAAUUAGAAAAUUAUUAUCAGGCCAAAAUGCAGCAUAUCCAGUUCAAUCCGCUUAAGGUGAUCACUCAGUAUUCCCUACAGAACAGAUACAUACAAAGACUAUUGGAUUUCGUAGCAAAAAUUGAAAAUAGAAAAAUAGAAGCGAUAGAAUACAAUUCCAUGCUUUCCAAGCUGAAGAAUAUUGAUGACUUAGCAGUACACGAUAAGAAUGGCGACUUUUCAGAGUCGUUUUGUGAAGUUUUUACUAAGAUUUCGAACCAAUUAGGAGCAACAUCCCUUUCAGAGCUUCGCGCUGUGUUUAAUACCAUCGGUAUUAAAAAUAGAAUAUUCACAAAGAUGGGAAACUCCUUAAUUGAGAAAGAUUCUCGUUUCAGAUUUUGCAUUUGCCAUUUUUCGACUGAAAUCAUCAACACCCAAUCCGCUGAUUUCAUGGAACAGUUCAAGAACGAUCCAUCAAAGUUCGAAGUCUUUGUUGAAGAAAUAUCUGUUGCAACAAGGUCUGUUUCACCUCUUGAAGCAUGUUCGCACAUAUCUAACUGCAUCCAGUUGCUCUGCAGCUUGUUAGAAUCAGUCGGACUCAAAGAAAUUGGCGCAGAUCAAAUAACUCCGAUUUUUAUCGUUGCAAUUUGUAUCGCGCACCCAUCCGGACUCAUAAUUCUUAGUGAGAUAAUGUUUAAGUGCAUUGUUCCUCUGUUUACAAUCAAAUCUCCACUUGAUCGUCAAAUUGAAUACUCCUGCGUUCAAUUUGUUAGCGCAGUCAAGUGCAUUAAUGAGUUUUUAGCAUCUAAGCAAUAA